GAGGGCCGGGGCCCAAUGUCCUCUGCAUUCCAGCACAGCAGUGCACUGCCCAGGGAAGGCUGAGGAGAGUGGGUGACAUUGUGUGGCCUGAUCAUGGGCAAGUUGUGAUGGCGAAUGUAAGCCCAGAGCUGGACAACAUGGAGGUGCAGGCACCCCCGAAUAACAACAAUCGUUGGGAUCAGGCUGAGCGUCCAUGGGACGAACCCACAGCCUCUGGGAAAUUGUUUGAGUGCUCCAGGAUCAAAGCUUUGGCGGACGAACGGGAAGUGGUUCAGAAGAAAACCUUCACCAAAUGGAUGAAUUCUCACCUCUCAAAAGUUCCAUGUCGCGUGAACGACCUCUAUAGUGACCUGCGAGAUGGCUACGUCAUCACCAAACUUCUGGAAGUGCUCUCCGGGGAACAGCUGCCUAAACCCACUCGAGGUCGGAUGAGGAUUCACUCUUUGGAAAACGUGGACAAAGCACUUCAGUUUCUUAAGGAGCAGCGAGUACAUCUGGAGAAUGUAGGAUCCCAUGAUAUCGUAGAUGGAAAUCACCGGCUAACACUGGGCCUUAUCUGGACCAUUAUUCUCCGUUUUCAGAUCCAAGUAAUAAAGAUAGAAACUGAGGACAACCGUGAGACGAGGUCAGCAAAAGAUGCCCUACUACUGUGGUGCCAGAUGAAGACGGCAGGCUAUCCCGAGGUCAAUAUCAUGAACUUCACUACAAGCUGGAGAGAUGGGCUGGCAUUCAGCGCUCUCAUCCACAGGCACAGACCAGAUUUAAUAGACUUCAGCAGGCUGGCCAAGUCAAAUGCUACUUAUAAUCUUCAGCGGGCCUUUAAUACAGCGGAGCAACAGCUGGGACUGAUCAAACUGCUGGACCCUGAAGAUGUUAACACAGAAAAUCCAGAUGAGAAAUGUAUCAUCACAUACGUAGUGUCCUUCUAUCAUUACUUCUCUAAGAUGAAGGCUUUGGCUGUAGAAGGCAAACGCAUUGGAAAGGUCCUGGACCAGGCCAUCGAGACUGAGAAGGAUAUUAAUAGAUAUGAGAUCCUGGCAUCAGAACUUCUAGAGUGGAUUAAGAGAACCAUAUCCAUUAUCACAAACCAGAAGUUUGCUAAUUCUUUGCUGGGCGUCCAACAGCAGCUUCAGGCGUUCACCACGUACUGCACCACUGAAAAACCAUGCAAAUUUCAGGAGAAAGGGAAUUUGGAAGUUCUUCUCUUCACCAUUCAGAGUAAGAUGAGAGAAGAGAAGCGUAAGCUGUAUGUGCCCUCAGAGGGGAAGAACAUCUCUGAUAUUAACAAGGCCUGGACGCAGCUGGAGAAGGCAGAACAUGAGCGGGAGGUUGCUCUUCGGAAUGAACUUAUACGUCAGGAGAAGCUGGAGCUACUGUCACAAAGGUUUGAUCAAAAGGCGGCCAUGAGGGAGGCAUGGCUGAGCGAGAACCAGCGACUCGUGUCCCAGGAUAAUUUUGGUUACGACCUAUCUGCGGUGGAGGCCGCCAUGAAGAAACAUGAAGCCAUAGAGGCAGAUAUUUCUUCCUAUGAAGAGCGGAUCCAGGUGGUGGCUGACCUGGCUCAGGAGAUGGAGACAGAAGGAUAUUAUGAUAUCUGCAGGAUAACGGCUCAGAAGGACAACAUCCUGAGACAGUGGAAUCUUCUGAAGGAGCUGCUCGGUGCCAGGAGAGCCAGGCUGGAGAGGAACCUGGCGCUGCAGAAUGUAUUCCAGGAAAUGGUGUACAUGAUAGACUGGAUGGAUGAGAUGCAGGUUCCCUUGUCCUCCAAAGAUUUUGGAAAACAUCUAUUGGAAGUGGAAGAUCUUCUGCAGAAACACAGCUUGCUGGAGGCUGAUAUCGCUGCCCAGACUGAGAGAGUCAACUCCCUAAACCAGUCAGCUAUGAAAUUCACGCAGUACUCCGAUUACCAGCCUUGUGACCCCCAGAUCAUCUGCAACCGGGUAGAACACGUUAAGAACUGCCUGGAAGGACUUCGGCAGCAGGCGGAAAAACGUCGGGGUGGGCUGGAAGAAUCGAAGCGUCUUUGGUGCUUUCUGCAGGAAGUGGAGGAAGCUGAGGGUUGGAUUCGAGAGAAAGAACAGAUUCUUGCAGCAUUGCAAAAUUAUGGAAAGGAUCUGAGCAGCGUCCUACGACUACUGAGUAAACACAAGAUUCUGGUGGGGGAGAUCGGAGGGAGGUUUUCCAUGUUACAGCAGACCCUCCAGAAAGGGGAGCAGGUGAUAACAAAAAGGCGAAAGGGAAUGGCCGUGCUUCGCCAGCGAAUGCAAGAGGUGAAGCAGAAGUGGGAAAACCUUGAGAAGGCGUCAAGUGCUCAUCAGCUGAAGCUACAAGAGGCCUCCAACUUCCAUCAGUUCAAUGCAGACACUGUAGAGCUUGCUGGAUGGUUGCAGGACACCUACCGUCUGAUAUCCAGUGAUGAUUUUGGACAUGAUGAGUUCUCCACCCAGUCUUUGGUCAAGAAGCAUCGGGCAGCCAUGGAGGAGAUAGAAAAGCACAGAGCUACCGUGCUUGGAUUGAGGAAACAGUUGUCAGAACUGGGAGCAGAGUACCGAGACCAGGUGGAUGUACAGAUUACUAUUGUGGAGGUGGAGCAGCUUUAUGGGGAGGUGGUAGAAGUGGCCUCCUUACGAAGUCAGUGGCUGCAAGAUGCAUUAGACGUCUACAAAAUGUUUGUAGAAGUUAACUCCUGUGAGGUGUGGAUAGAUGAGAAAGAGCAAUGGCUAGUGAAGAUGGAGAUCCCACAAAGACUGGAAGAUGUGGAGGUCGUCCAACACAGAUUUGAGAGUCUGGACCAGGAAAUGAACAGUCUGAUGGGCCGUGUGCUGGACGUCAAUCAGAUCGUACAGCAGCUGCUAGAGGGGGGACAUCCCAGCUCGUCAGAGGUCCGGGCCUGUCAAGAUCACUUAAACAGCAGGUGGAACCGCAUUGUGGAGCUUGUAGAGCAGAGGAAGGAGCAAAUUUCCUCUGUCCUUCGCUUACAGAACUAUUUCUUCGAAUGCAAUGAGGUAAAGUCACAGAUCCGAGAGAAGAGGAAAGCCAUGGAGACCUCCCAGUGUGGCAGUGGAGAGCUGGGUGGGGUGCUCACCCUGCAGAGGAAGCUCUCCAACAUGGAGGCAGCAUUGGUGGCUCUUGAGCCCAAGUUGGUCCAGCUACAGCAAGAUGCAGAAGUUCUUACCACCUGCCACCCUUCCCAGUCCAUGGAGGUGCUUGUGCACUUUGAGCAAAUCAGUGGAGAGUGGGAGGCCCUUAAGAGAACUUUACAAGGGUGUGAGGAUUCCCUCACCGUAGCCAGCAAGCUGCAGCAGUUUAUCCAGGAUCUCGACAACUUCCUCACCUGGUUGGUCAAAACGCAAACUGCAGUUGCUACCGAAGAGCUGCCGUCCAACCUGUCAGAGGCCGAGAGGUUGCUGGGUCUUCACGCAUCACUGAAAGAAGAGAUUAAUAGAUAUGAGGAGGACUACAAUAAUAUUCAGGCAGUCAGUGAUCUCCUCAGUUUGGAGGAGGCCGACCUCCCAUACCUUUCCCUCCAGCAGUGGCUGCAAAAGCUGGAAGUAGGAUGGAACAAGCUGAUCCAGAUGUGGGAGAACAGAAGGGAGGUCCUGGUCCAGUCCCACAUCUUUCAUCUGUUUUUAAGAGAUGUUAAACAGGCGGAGGCUUGCCUUAACAACCAGGAAUCGGCUUUGGCUCAUGUUGAGUUACCCAAUACUGUCGAGGGGGUAGAAAUCGCCAUCAAGAAGCAUAAAGAUUUCCUCACGACCAUGGAGAUGAAUUCACAGAAGGUCACAGUGGCGGUGGAGGCAGGAGAGAGCUUGAUACGACUUGGAAAUGUCUUUGCAGAUCGAGGUCAGGAGAGGAUCGCGGCCAUUCAGAAGAGGAGCCAGCGUAACAUGGCCCUCGCUCAGAAAUGGCUGCAAAGACUUAAAGACCAUCUACAGCUGCAACACUUUCUGCAGGACUGCAAUGAGCUGGAUGCUUGGAUCAGCGAAAAAACACUGAUGGCUCGGGAUAACUCGCGGGAUGUGACUCAGAAACUGCACAAGAAAUGGCUCAAGCACCAGGCGUUCAUGGCUGAAUUGUCCCAAAAUAAGGGCUGGCUGGACAAGAUCGAAAAGGAAGGUCAUCAGCUGAUCCAGGAGAAGCCAGAGUUGGCUGGUGUGGUAAAGAAGAAGAUAGAAGAGAUCCGUCAGUGUUGGCUGGAGCUUGAAUCCAGUACACAAGCCAAAGCUCAGCAGCUCUUCCAGACCAAUAAGGCCGAACUAGUGGUGCAAAAUUAUUCAGACCUGGGCAAAAGGCUUACUAGGCUGGAGGAGCAACUACAUCCAGUGGAACCUUUUCCUGACAUCUCCACUGUUAAUACUCAAUUGAAGAAACUUGAGACGAUGGAGUCACAAAUGGAGGAAUGGUACAAAGAGGUUGGAGAGCUGCAAGCACAGAUUGCCUCUCUCCCCCUGGAUGUGGUGAGCCAGGAGGCUGUGGAUGAAAAGCAGAAUGAGGUUGGAACUAGGAUUGUGCGUUUGAUCGAGCCCUUGAAAGAACGAAGACGCAUUCUUCUGGCCUCUAAGGAGGUGCAUCAAGUCACCCGGGACCUGGAGGAUGAAAUUACCUGGGUACAGGAAAGGCUUCCUCUCGCAACGUCCAAAGAUCAUGGAAGUAACUUACAGACCGUGCAGCAGCUUAUCAAGAAAAACCAGAACUUGAGGAGAGAGAUCCAGGUACAUUCCCCCCGCGUGGACGACAUCUUAGAGCGGGCAGGUGCCAUUGCCAGCAUUCGGACUCCGGAGGCAGAAGGGGUCCGCAUUGGGUUUGAGAGCAUGCGGGAGAUGUGGGACAUGCUGCGGGAGGAGACGGAGAGGCGGCAGCAGCUUCUGGACAUCAACUACCAGGUGCAGCAGUAUUACUUUGAUGUGGGAGAAGUGGAGACCUGGUUAAGCGAACAAGAGCUUCUCCUGAUGAAUGACGAGAAGGGAAAGGAUGAGCAGAGCACAUUACAUCUUCUGAAAAAGCACCUCAUGGUGGAGCAAACCAUUGAGAACUAUGAGGAGACCAUAGCUCAGUUGUCUCGGCAGUGUCGCAGCCUCCUAGAUCUGGCGCACCCCGACAGUGAGCAGAUAAGUAGGCGUCAAUCUCAGAUUGAUCGGCUCUACGUGUCUCUGAAGGACCUGGUGGAGGAGAGAAAAGGACGUCUUGAGCAGCAGUAUUGGCUCUUCCAGUUGAGUCGUGAGGUGGAUGAAUUGGAGCAGUGGAUUGCAGAGAAGGAGGUGGUGGCGGGUUCUCCAGAACUGGGCCAAGAUUAUGAGCAUGUAACGCUUCUUCAAGAAAAGUUCACAGAGUUUGUCAGCGAAACAGGCAGCAUUGGGCAGGAACGCAUCUCUGCGGUCAAUCAGAUGGUGGAUGAGCUCAUUGACUAUGGACACUCAGAUGCAGCCACAAUAGCAGAAUGGAAAGAUGGAGUGAAUGAGGCCUGGGCGGACCUACUGGAAUUGAUGGAAACGAGGGCCCAGAUGCUUUCUGCUUCCCACGAGUUGCAUAAGUUCUUCAAUGACUGCAAAGAGGUGUUGUCCCAGGUGGAGGAGAAGAAGCAGAGGGUGCCGGAGGUGAAGGCGCAGGAAGCUCGGCUGUCGGCUGGGUCUUUGCAGCGUAUACUUAGUUCAUUUGAACAUGACAUUCAGGUCCUUGUCACUCAGGUACGGCAGCUGCAGGAAAAUGCUGCACAGCUUCGAACAGUUUACGCCGGUGAAAAUGCCGCAGCCAUAGUCACCAGCGAGCAGGAAGUUAUGCGAUCCUGGAAGGAGCUCCUAACCUCAUGUGAAGACUGCAGGCUGCAGAUUACUACCACCAGUGAUCGCAUGAAGUUCUUAGGUCUCGUGAGGGACCUAAUCUCUUGGAUGGAUAGUGUUAUUUGCCAAAUUGGCACAGAAGAGAAGCCCAGAGACGUGUCUUCCGUGGAAAUGCUAAUAAGCUACCAUCAAGGAUUAAAGAGUGAAAUUGAGACCCGAAACAAGAGGAUCGCAGAUUGUGUGGAACUGGGAAAGUCCUUAGUCCUGAACAAGAGGCCGGCAACCGAAGAAAUCAAGCAGAGUCUGGACAGAUUGAUGGCCAAGAAGAGAGAGAUGCUGGACAAAUGGCAGAAACAUUGGGAGUGGCUGCAGCAAAUGCUUGAAGUCCACCAGUUUGCCCAGGAAGCUGGGGUGGCCGAUGCCUGGCUAACAGCACAGGAACCCAUAGUGAAGAGUCCAGAGCUAGGUAACAGCGUGGAUGAGGUGGAGCAGCUAAUUCGAAGACAUGAGGCCUUCCGUAAAACAGCAGCAGCUUGGGAAGAGAGAUUCAGCUCCCUGAGGCGGCUUACUACACUGGAGAAGAUGAAAGCAGAGCAAAGCAAGCAACCAGCAACCCCGCUCCUUGGUCGUAAAGUAUUUCCUGACACAACUGACUUUUCAAUGCGUCCAUCACCCCUUGCACAGCAGACUAUCCAUGACAGGUCCGAUCAAAAGGACAGCCUGUCGAUCCCGAAUGGGAUUCAGAUGGACAGCCAUAGAACCAGAGCAGAGACCAGAGUGGGUUAUGUACGGCAGGAGAUGAAACCAGAAAGGCUGCAGCCAAAGAUAGAUCACGUGGAGGCCAAGGUAACAGAGAAACCACCACCUGCUCAGGAAGGAUCCAGGCCAGAGAGAUCAGAAACAAAAGCUGCACAGGUUAUGGCGAGCUUAACCGUGGAGAAAGCAGAGAGUAAACCAAGUCGACAUACAGAGCGAAGGAGAGAGCGGCAUGAUCGCAGGCUGGAACGUCAGGAGUCCAGUGAGCAGGAGGUUCCCAAACCAGAGCAGGUAGAGGAGAAGAGGAGGCGGGAUAGACAUGAGAAGAGGCUGGAAAGACAGGGCUCUAGUGAGCAAGAGACCCCAAAACAUGAUCUUCCUGAUAGAAGAAGAGAAAGACACGAAAGGAGGCCAGAAAGACAAGAGUCCAGCGAGCAAGAAACACCAAGGAAUGAACCUGACAGACAAGGAGGAAAGGCGACACUUGCGGACAUUGUGGAGCAGCUGCAGGAAAAAGAAGCAGCACAGAAUAACCCUUCAAGUAGAGAUUCUCCUGCACGAUUACCCAACGGUGUAGAAAAGCUCCAGGAAAGGACCCCAAGACCUGAUCGGCCAAGAGCAAGAGACAGACCGAAGCCCAGGAGAAGACCUCGACCCAAGGACCCAAACCAACCACCAGGUGAAGCACGGAGAUCCCGCUCAGCCCCUGCACAGAGCAGUGCACCACCUCCUCCUCCUCCCACCCAUACAAUACAGCAAGAAGGUUACCUCUUCAGGAAACAUGAGCUGGAUGGUCCAAGUAAAAAAGCCUCAAAUAGGUCCUGGGUAAACCUGUACUGUGUACUAAACAAAGGGGACUUGGGGGUUUAUAAAGAUGCAAAGAGUCAGAGUUCAGGGGCUACACAUGGGGGAGAACCUCUGCUUAACCUACAUGGAGCUACCUGUGAGGUGGCUAAUGAGUACAAGAAAAAGAAGUUCGUCUUCAAGCUCAGGUCAACAGAUGGGAGGGAAUUCCUCUUUCAAUCGAAAGACGAGGAGGAGAUGAAAAACUGGAUUACAGCUAUAGCCACCUGUGUCUCUGAACACGCCGACAUGGCCAAAUGGAGCCAGACCCUUCUUACUACCUCCUCCACGGACGAAGGCAACAUCAAAAGAGAGUCUGAUCACAGAUCCAGUGCUGGGGGCCGUAAGAAGUGAACCAUAGGGGGAAGCACAGAGCCUCCUACAGAGCCCUCGUUUUCCACUUUUUUCACCUUCAGGCUGAGCCGGGAGCAGAACACACACCUGCAGCGAUAACCUUUCCAGACCUUAGUUCUACAGGUGGUCUGAAAAGCCUUCUGAAAUGUUUUGGAACUGAGUUCUUGAUGUCUAUGCAUUUCCUGAACAUAGUUUUCCUACCCAAAAAAAAAACAAAAAAAAAAAAACUGUUGAGUGUUACAAUUUUAUCCUUAAACUUCCAUCCUACAACAUUCCCUCUUGGUUCCUCUGGGACCUUGCAGGUAUAACGUAUGUAACUCUUUUUAGAGUCUGGUGAACAUGCAUAUAUAUGGCCCAGACUAUUACCGUGUAGCAAUCAGCCUACGCCUAAUAUAACAAACAUGGCGGGAAUCUAGGUUCUUACUGCCUGUGACCACAUGUGGUCAGGUAAAGAGAGAAGAGCCCGUGAACUUAUAUCAUGUCCGAAUUCCUUUUUUUUUCUUCCUUCUAAGAUCAGAAUGGUCUGAGAUUGUAAAAGAGCACAGACAUUACGAGUGCAGGAGAGGACACAGGUAUUCGUUUUGUAUCGUUGGGAGAGGACUGCAGAAACCUCUUCACAGUGCAAUAUUUGCUUGGCUGCUACACAAUUGUGAGAUUUUAGGGGAGAGACCUGAAGGCCUUUAUGGAAGGAGAGUAAUGUGUGCGAGUUGUCAUUUCCUGCCACAGACCAGCCUUUGGUUACCCAUUCGGCCACACGACUCAUGCCCAUUACGUCUUAUCCUUUGAGGUUUCGUUUAUCCGAUGCUGGAUGGAGAUUUUUUGUUUUAUUUUCCAGUUAUUUCUAGUCAAGUACAUUUAUAAAAAUUCACCCUUCAGCUAUCUUCAUCUGGUUGUAUUUCAGACUUUUAGAUCUGUAAUUUUAUUUUAAUUUUUACCAAAAGUAGGUGUUUUCUGUAAAGGGGUUGUCUGAAUUUGGACAAUCCCUUUGUGGUAGAAUUCCCCAAGGAUAGCAUAAUUUUAGGGUGUCCCAUUGCUGAAAGGUAAAGCAAUAGGGAAGGGGGGGAAGAGUCCAGCAUUAAGUGUUCCCUUUCCCUGCAGCGCCCCCAUAUGAGCCAUGAUGCAUUACACAGUCUUCAAUGUGAUAUAAAGACAGGCCAGGUCCUCCAGAAGGAGAGAUGCUCUUUGUAGUUGCCAUGCACUCUGGCUAAGAGAUCAGGAUAAUAUAUAUGGGGGGGCAUUCAGUAAUUCAGAGUUCCCUUUGAUGUUUUAUCCAAAUUAGGUAACCCCUUUAAAGGGCAUCUGUCAGCAGUUUUGUCCCUACGAAACUGGCUGACCUGUUACAUGUGCGCUUGGCAGCUGAAGACAUCUGUGUUGGUCCCAUGUUCAUAUGU